GCAAAACAUUCAUUUCGAAUCAGACCGCGAAGCCGAGUGGACGUACGUGCGUGUGCCUCGUGGAGUAAAGUUAACCGUAAACAGAGAAAAGCUACACGGUAGAGCUGGGUAGAGAAGUGUUUAAAUUCGUUAAAAUCAUAUUCAGAAAACUGUCGUGCGUGCAAGUGGAGUGAUUUGGCUUGUGCAUUUGUUAUUCCCACGGAAAGAGCGCAUAUCCAGAGUUCAAACAUUUAAAACGGAGGUGCAUUGAUAUUUCGUACCUUUGGUACAGGAUUUUCCACAGGAUUGGAUUGGGAGAAGAACAGGACCGGAGUGUCCAGUUUUGUUGUCUGCUUUUAGCGCGCGCACUGCUCUUGUGCAUCCUCAAAUGAUUGUGAUUGUGUGAGGAAAUAUUUUUACAUUGAGUGAAAUAAUUCUUCCUGUGGUUUACAAGUGCAAUUGUGCCUGUGUGUGUGCGUGUGUUCACGAUUUGUUAUUGUGAAGGUGUUAAUUAAGAGCAAGCUGGAAAAAAAACGUGUUCGGUCGGCGAAACAGAGUAAGAGUUUCGCCAUCGAAUUUGCAAGCGUGUUGGUGCAGCCAAGUGCAAAGUGUAACCCAAGUGAAUGUGUUUGUAUGUGUGCUGAAAGGAAAAGCGGUUUGCGAAAAGAGUGAGAUUCAGAAUUGUGAGGUUCCGUAGCGGAACUGUCGUGUUUAUCUUUUGCGGAUAGAAUUGUUUUAGGGGAGAUAUACACUUAAACCGUAGCAGCGAGGCCAAAAAGGAUUAAUUUGAUCGAUCCGGCACGUCGAUAUACUGGAGGAGAAGAGCGGAAGUUCUAGAGUUUGAAGACAACCGACUCCACACAAUUCUCAGCAUUUUUGGAUAUCCUUCUGAUGAUCCAGUAUCUCUGAAUUGGAUUCUGCUCAGGAAUAGAGCUCCAGCUUACGCGUUAGGUGAAUGCUGCGUCGACAGUGUGCGGUAAUCCAACAGAGUGCGCUCGGGCUACUGCGAUCGUGUGGUGUGUUUCAUUCGUGCGUACAGCAUUCGCGUGUGCGUGUUUCAGCCUCAAUUCGAAACGAAACGAGCGGUAGUGGAAAUGAAAUUGUGCGGCUAAUAGCUUGCGGAUUUUGCCUCCAGCAGCCAUUACGACGGUUUUAAAGCAGAGAAACAGUGUUUGUGCGAAUAUUGUGCGUGGUUUGAGUUUCCUGAAGGAAAGAAAAAAGAUACCAAUCGUGAAGUUUGUCAGCUUUUGAAGUGGUGUCCCAGAAGACAGGUGCCCUGUUAACGAGCGCGUAGCUUACAAGCACCCGAAGCAAACACAACACGUGUGAAGUGUCUUACGAGUUUUUGAGCCAAAGUCCCGAAAACAAACGCCAGCAUUGUAGUGUCAGCAUCUUCUUGCGCAUUGCCGGCUGUUGUUACGCAUCGACGCCCGUACCAAGGCGCGCACUUCCAUCACCCAUCAGAGCAAACGCGUCUAAUGACGCGUCGGUCCAACGCAACGAGCGGAACGCGAUCAAACUGAAGUAACAUCAGCUAGAAGUACACGAGCAGCGAAUUACCAUCGUCCAAACGUCCAUUCAGCCUAUAAGCCCUCACUAUGGCAAACGUACGGUGGACCGUCAGCAGCACCGUGGUACUGCUCUGCCUGCUAGCUCUGCUCCCUGCCCACACGGAAGCAUCCACCAGCAGCGUGUUCAAGGCGCUGGUCAUCGGUACCAACACGCAAGCCGUCACCUCCAGCACGCUGUCCUGGGAGAAGUUCAGCGAGGCCGAAACGCAUCUCCAGUUCGCGGUGCGAACGUUCGAGCCCGAGCCACACUCACGGGAGACGUCUGAAAGUGAGCAGCUUCAUCCGUUGAGCUAUGUGUGCCGGGUGGAAAUCGAAGGCAUCUUCACCGCCGGCCACACCGUGACGGAGGACACGGUGACGGUCUGCAUCGUGGCGGCUCAGCUGUCCGAGGUCGAGCGGCACCAUGCAUUCGAGGUCCUGAUCAACAUGGGCGGAGGAGGCAAGCUAAAGUGGCAACCGUGGAGUCGAUAUCAUGCCGGUAUCUUCGGCGGUGCCGUUAGCGCCGGAAUGGGCAAGUUCUCCGACUACUACGUUGCCCGUACGCGUGCGAGACAGGGCGAGGGACAUCAUCAUCACGCCGGACACGACGGCUAUGUGGUGGGCAAUUUCGACCCGAACGUGAAGCUGACCGGACGCAUUAAUGCACCGCUGCCCGGUUCCACCACAAGCACGGAGCACGAGCACGGUGACAUCUUGGUCGAAAUCGAACCGGUUAAGUACGAGCUGCGCUCCAUCAAGCAGAACAAGCUGCGAACGAUCAUCAAGAAGAACACGACCGUGCUUGGUUCCACCAUCCUGUCCAACACGGACGAUCGGACGAGCCUGGCGGAAACGGUCAUCACGUACGACUACAUGAAGGAGAUUUACUGGGGCAAGCACGAGGGCGUCGUGCAGGGUCUGUUCACCAAGGUGUACGAUUCCCGCUCUCAGCAAACAUCCAACGUUACCUGGGGCAUCAAGAGCGCCACUCGUCAUGUAGAGACAAAGUCAGUCAACACAAUGCUGGAACCGGGAACGGCCAUCAACGUGACGCUGUUUGGCAACUACACCGAGAUGGAGGCACCGUACACAGCCAUGCUCAAGGCAUACUACGACGACAACAGCGACCCUGUCAGCAGAAAGAUAAACUCUAUCAUGGUGAGCCGUGAUAUGGAGGACGUCAAGAUGGAGUACAGCCCGGUGUACUGGAUCGAGAAUGGUACGCUGGUGCCGACGACGACCACCACCACGACGACGACCACCACAACGACCACCACGACGACCACGACCACCACCUCAACGACCGAGGCGACGACCAGCUUGCGCCCGGUACCGAUCAACAGCACGCCCGUCGAGGGUGGCACCAUGAUCGACGAGGACGGUAUGAGCAACGAGAUCGGGCACGCGCCGUCCACCAGCCGCGAUCUGGACGUGAGCCGGAGCAACGAAAAGCUGGAAGGAUCGCUCGACAACAUGUCCAGCCGCAGCCGGAGCCGGAGCCCGAACGGUGCCACCGGCAGCUUGAAGGCGGUGACCACGCUUAGCAUAUGGUUGGGAGCGGUCUCGCUUGUCCUUGCGUUGCGUCGCAACUAAACCCUCCUCCCCUACGGAACAUGUUGUCCCACAUCUCAAGCCAGGGACACAAUUUCAUCUCACCACCACCAUCCCACCCUAAAUACCCCUAGUUCUUCUGUGCGCUGUAUGGUGAGCUUCUCUUCCCCCCCCCCCCCUCCCAUUUCGCUGGAAUUGGCUGGAAACUCCCCCAAAAAGCGGUUACAUGGGAUCGUUUCGCUAGAGCGGGGGGGGGGAACUUGUUUUUAUUUUAUCAAACAAAUUUAUUUUAAGUCCUAGAAGGCCAAGACGCCAUUAGUUGUUUAAGACAUUAUUGCUUGCGAGUGUGCGAGAGGAGCGGAUCGCGACCAGCUUUCACGUGAUUGUCGCAUUAUCAUUAUCAGCAUCACGAUCAUCAUCAUUCACGUUACACGGAGGGAGAGAGAGAGAGUGCCGAAACAUUUGGGAGCAUUUUGUUACGUGGCGUGGCGUGGAUUUUUGUUUCCAGCUUUUUUGGACGAAAUUACGCUCGUAUGCACUGUUUCUUAGGAAUAUUAAGGCUAGCAGAGAACGAGAUCAAGCGAGAGGGAGAGAGAGAGAGCGAGCAAGAGGAGUGAUAGAGUGAUAAGGAAGGAAAGCGGUAGUAUGAGAUGCAAUUGUGUAUGUGUGUGUAUGUUUGUAUGUGUGAGUAAAAUGUAAGUCGUUACCCGUAAGUGCUUCUCCGUUCAGUUCUGUAUAUAGGCUUCUAGUUCUAGCUGCUGGGACACACCUUCUGCGCGGUUUAAGCUAAACGGAAAAAAAGCUUCUAACUUGUCAGCAACAUUGUCCCCGCAAUACCUGCUCUUUUGGUUUGUCUUACCAAAUCCAAGAGCUUUCCCUAAACCUUCCCGAAUCAGCACCCGAAAACCGCCGACGAGAUGAAAUUGUGUAUUAAGUUUUGCUUGAGUUCUGUGUAUAUAGCGCCUGUAGUAAUAUAUAUAUAGGCUGGCAGCUGCCUCCCCUUUGGGUUUUCCGAACAAUUAAACCAGCCAGGAAGCAAUAUGCCAGCUUCGUCGACAUUAUCGUUUGUUCUUGUUCAAACCCCUUCGAAGCAGCCUUCCCCAUUCAUAUCGUUUUAUCGUGCGCUAAGCAGUGCGCCAAAUGUGCGCAAACAAAUAGAACCAUUCGCGUUCACGCAAAAAUGUGCAAAAAUAAUAUGGAAACAGCAAACAACAAUUGCUGGCAACAAUUAACAUUCCGUUCCGAUGGUUUUGCGGAAAAUGGAAGAGAGAGAGAGAGAGAGAGAGAGAGAGAGAGAAGGAAGAAGGAUGAAAUGAAAUAAGUUAGGAAAGUAGACGGUAAAGGUAAAGCUGCAUUUUAAAGAAAGAGAAAAAAACGCAUGUUGUGAAAUGAAACAAAACGAAACACGAAGAAGAGUAAGUAAAACCGCCAGUCAGGGGACAGAAAGGCACACAUGUGUAAUUCUAAAUGUAUACAAAGCAUAAAUAAUAUUAAAUACACUAUAACGUACACAAAAACACACAAACACACACACUUGCGCCGUAUCGGAAUAGUAGGGCACUUCUCAGCAAAAAACAGGAAAGCCAAUUAAGACAAAGAUUUGUGCAAACGGAUUGGUUUUGUUUCGUUGUCAGCCUAUUUCCCUCCCCCCCCCCCCCCCUUAUUUUCAAAUGGCACUUUGCAACAUGCAUCUCUUUGAGCAAAGAGAACUGGUUAUUUAUUGCGGUUAGCCUGAUACAACUACACUUAAGAUACGAUUUAUGUUUUUUUUUAUUAUUAUUUUUAUGUGUUUCAAUAAAGUGCAAAUUCAUUCAUCAACAAUAAAACCUUUUUUGGUAUUUUAUUUUUAUUUUUAUUUUGUUUUGUGUUGCUUUUCAAACCAGUAGAAGAAACAAAUGAAACACAAACACAAAGUAAACUUUACGACGAACCAAGUGACACACUUUUCUGCGAUUUAAAUGUCCGACUAUUGCUUAUUAAAACGCGAGUAAAUGGUAACAAUAAAAGAAAGAAAAGAACGAGAAUAAAGAAACGACAAAACCCAAAUAACAGGAAAAUCAAACAAGCAACGGAAUUGGAAAAUGCAGAAAAGUACAAAUUGUUCAAAUAGUAAAGCGAAAUAGAUGAAAUAAUUGACAAAACAGAAAAACCCUCAGCAACACAGUUUUCCUUUGCAGCGAUGCCGCUCUUUGGAGGAAACAGAAGAAGAAAAAAGCAACAGAAAAUUGACUGAUAACAUACUCCUCCAGUAGAAUCAUGAUUGCCAUGAAAGUAUAAAUACAUAAUUAAACAAAAUCCUUGCUACUAAUAUAAACAAAAAACAACUGACAAUUGCCUUGCGUGUGUGUGAUCGAUAUUGCCCCCCACUUCUUCUUCUACAAAACAGUGUACGUGUUAAUGUACUGUGAAUGUAAAACUAUAAAAAAGAGGUAAUUCUUGCCAAUGAGAAGAUAAAAUUAUAAAUCAGAACAAAACAGCAUAACAAAAUUACAGCCGCUUGAAACAAUAAUGAAAACAACACACACAACAAAACAACAGAACAACAGCAAAACCCAUGAAAUCGCGAAUUGUCAAUCAUGCCAACACAUUUCGAGUAAAGGGUUUCAUCCGGGAAUGAGUAUUAAAAGGAAAAAAAAACUUGCAAUUGAGACAAGAAAGCUAAGAUGAAAGGUAAAACGUGUUUCCUGUUUAAGUUAUAAUUUUUUCACAACAUUCCAUUUAAUGUGUCACACUAACCGAACGAAAACUCCAAACAGAGAAAAGAAAGCGAGAAAGAAAGAAAGAAUGAAACGAGAACAACAAAUCAUGUUGCCUUCGGUUGCUAUGUUGCUUGCUGAUAAUUGUAUUAAAUGCUGCUUGUUAUAUGCUUUGCAAUCGCUUGCGUGGUGCGCAAAGAAGGGCGGGCGAUGUGUAAAAGCGUUGGUGUAGCUGGUAAGGUAAAGGGAAUUAAAAAGGGGACAGCAAAAAUAGCCCUUAGUGAAGUAAGUUAAAAUUGAAAAUAAAAAAAGGUCAAAUGGUAAAAAAGAACAGGCGGAGUGAAGGAGAUGAAACGAUUGAAAAAGAACGUGCAAUUCAGAUGUGGUGCUAGAUUAGUGACGAACAAUUAGACAGACAAAAACAUGUGUCCGAAACAACCACUUAGCGACAAGAAUCGCAAAUAAAAGAAAAAUCCAUUUAAUUUCGCUUCUGAUUAUCGGUUUGUGUUUGUCACACUGUAUUGGCUCUGUAAUUUGAGGGAUAAAACGGGGGAAUUGAAAAGAUAAUAAAAGCGAUAACCGAAAAGAAUAAACAUAAUUAACAAAUAACACUUAAACACGAGGCACAAAACGAAAAAGAACGUGAAACGAUAGAAAGAAAAAUACAAAUGAACAAAAAAGAAACAAACAAAGAAUAGACAAUUUACCCAAAAUCCUCGAAAAUCCUCCCAUACAAAACCCCUACGUACGCGCACGUAUUGCGAAUGCAGACACUAUUUUUAUAAUCGUAUUAAAAAGCAAAAGGAAAUGGAAGAAACAAUGCAAACACGAUAAAAGAUCAAAAAGCACUGUAACACACAACCAACAACUGCACAGAAGAACGGACAAAAAGUGGACAAAAGUGAAUAAUAUAAAAAAAAGAAAACAGAGAGGGGGAAGAGCACAAGUUAAAUAAUACCAAAUAGAUGUAAAAACAAAAGCAAACAAAAAGCAAAAAGUCGGGGUUUGCGUACGAACCAGAAUUGCAGAAGAACCAAGCACGACUACAUGUGGCAAAAAGGAAUUAUAAAAAGGUCGAAAUAAUAAAAUCGUCGAAACAAAA